AUGUCAUCAUUCAGUAUACAUAAAGCGGCAUUAGAAGGUCAACCAGGAUUAAUAAAGACGAUAUUGAACGAUGAUCCCAAAUUGGUAAACUCGAAAGACGAGGAUGGAAGGACACCGUUACAUUGGGCAUCGACAACAGGAAACUUAAAUGUAUUGCAAUUGUUACUUGGUUAUCAUCCAGAUGUAGAGGUGAAAGAUACGAUGGGCUGGACACCCUUAAUCAUUGCCUCUGCCGCAAAUCAAGUUGAAGCAGUUAGAGAAUUGAUAGAAGCCGGAGCGGACGUCAACGCCGUCAAUGAGAAAGGACAAACUGCUCUACAUUAUGCAGCUUCAAAAGGGAACGUACCGAUUGGGAGAUUACUAAUAACUAGAGGAGCCGAUAUUAACGCCAAAGAUAGAGCAUCACAAUUUCCCUUACAUCGAGCAGCUACUACUGGUAAUCAUGCAUUCUUAAAUAUACUGCUGAAUACACCAGAAGGAAGACCUAAAACUAGGCUCAAUGGAUCUGAUAGAGCUGGCAAUACACCUCUGCAUCUAGCUUUUGAAAGUGGACACGGAGAUGCAGCUGUAACAUUGAUAGAGGCUGGAGCUGAUCGUGAGAGGUCAAAUUCAGAAGGUCAAGUACCUGAAGAAAUCGAUGGCGUAGGUGGACAAGAACAGAAAAAUGUAAGGAAUUAUGUGAUAUCAAAAGUAGGACCUCGAAGAGAGUAG